GGAAACGCCCGAGCGGAAGUGCGUGGAGGCUGCGACGGGCCGAGGUUCGUGAGGGCGCGUCUCCGGCUGUGCUGGCGCAUCUCUAGAUCCUUUCCAGGAGGUCAGUUAUGGGUGUGAGAGGCUUACAUGGAUUUGUGGGAAGUAGCUGCCCACAUAUAUGUAUGGUAGUAAAUUUCAAAGAGCUGGCAGAGCACCACCGAAGCAGGCAUCCUGGAGGGACUCCUACCAUUGUGGUCGACGCCAUGUGUUGCCUCAGAUACUGGUACACGCCGGAAUCUUGGAUCUGUGGUGGCCAGUGGCGGGAAUACUUUUCUUCUUUGCGAGAAUUUGUGAAAACUUUUACAGCUGUUGGCAUCAAGUUGAUAUUCUUCUUUGAUGGCAUGGUGGAGCAGUCCAAGAGAGACGAGUGGGUGAAACGAAGACUCAAGAACAACAGGGAGAUAGCCAAGAUCUUCCAUUAUAUCAAGUCCCACAGGGAGCAGCCUGGCAGAAACAUGUUCUUCAUCCCCUCAGGGCUGGCCAUAUUCACCCAGUUUGCCUUGAAGGCCCUGGGUCAGGAAACUCUGUGUUCGUUACAGGAGGCCGACUAUGAGGUGGCUUCCUACGGCCUCCGGAACAACUGUCUUGGGAUUCUUGGAGAAGACACUGACUAUUUAAUUUAUGACACCUGUCCCUACUUUUCCAUCAGUGAGCUCUCCCUGGACAGUCUGGACACCGUCAUGCUCUGCCGAGAGAAGCUCUGUCAGAGCCUGGGUCUCAGCCUGUCCGACCUUCCUCUACUGGCCUGCCUGCUUGGCAACGACAUCAUCCCAGAAGGCAUGUUCGAAAGCUUUCGUUACAAGUGCUUGUCUUCUUAUACCUCUGUGAAAGAGAACUUUGACAAAAAAGGUAACAUUAUCUUAGCUGUAGCAGACCACAUAUGUAAAGUUCUUCGGUUGCAUCAAGGUGAGAAGAAGCUGGAAGAGAUGUUACCUUUGGGGCCAAACAAAGCUCUUUUUUAUAAAGGAAUGGCAUCAUAUCUUUUGCCAGGACAGAAAUCUCCAUGGUUUUUCCAAAAACCUAAAGGUGUAGUAACUUUGGACAAGCAGGUACUAUCCAUGAGUUCAGAUCCUAAAUCCAAGCAAGAAGUUCCCGUGUGUACACACCCUGAAUCCAAGCAAGAAGUUCCCAUGUGUACAGACCCUGAAUCCAAGCAAGAAGUUCCUUUGUGUACACACCCUGAAUCCAAACAAGAGGUUCCCAUGUACACAGACCCUGAAUCCAAACAAGAAGUUCCCAUGUGUACACACCCUGAAUCCAAGGAAGAAGUUCCCAUGUACACCGACCCUGAAUCCAAGCAAGAAGUUCCCUUAUGUACACACCCUGAAUCCAAGCAGGAAGUUCUCUUAUGCACACACCCUGAAUCCAAGCAGAAAUUACCUGCAGGUAUGGACCCUGAAUUUAACCUAGAAGCACCGCUGUGUACAAACCCUGAAAUUAAACAAGAAGAUCCUGUAAAUAUGGGGCCUGAAGUCAAGCAACAAAUAACUAUGGUUUCGGAUCCUGAAAUCUUAAAGGUUGCCAGAGCACAUCACGUCCAGGCAGAGAGCUACCUGGUGUACAACGUCAUGAGCAGCGGGGAGGUCGAAUGCAGCAACAGCCUGGAGGACGCGAUGGACCAAGCUCUGCCCAGCCAAGCCUUCGUCUACCGCCCAGUGCGGCAGCGGGUGUACUCCCUCUUGCUGGGGGAUGGCAGAGGUGGUGCCAGCACCUGCCCCACUGUCAAGGAGUGGUUUGUGUACUCUGGGAACCCACUGAGGCAGCCGGACCUCGUCAGGCCUCUGCAGAUGAACAUUCCAGGGGGAACGCCUAGUUUGAAGCUCCUGUGGCUGGGCCAAGAGGCAGGACUACAGGCCCAGCGCUUGGACACACUCCUGGCCUGUUUUGACCUUUCCUUCUCGCGAGAAGAGCUGCAGGUGGUCGAGAGCCCCUUUCAAGCGUUGUGCUGCCUCCUGAUCUACCUCUUUGUGCAGGUGGACACCCUCUGUCUGGAGGAUCUGCACGCCUUCAUCGCGCAGGCCCUGUGCCUCGAAGGAAAGACCACCAUGGAGCUUGCAGACUUGCAGCUCGACCACGUCGACCCCAGGGCCGUGCAGCUGGGUACCCUCCUGGUCCGCGGCCUCACCACCCUGGUGCUGGUCAACAGUGCCUGCGGCUUCCCCUGGAAGACGUCGGACUUCAUGCCCUGGAAUUUGUUCGACGGGAAGCUGUUUCAUCAGAAGUACCUGCAGUCUGAGAAAGGGUACACAGCAGAGGCGCUUGUGGAACAAAACAGGUCCCGGCUCACCCGACUCCAUGCCCUGAAGUCAGUCGUGUGCAAGGCCUGCAUGAAGGAGAACAGACCCAUCGUCAGCCGGCGGCACUGGCGUUCACACCACUCAGGGCGGAGGGGCCGACAGGGACCCAGCGCCCACAGGACGAGCUCUGGGUACAGCCGGUCUGGCCAAGGACAGCACUGGAGGGACCAGGGGCCAGGAAGUAGACAGUAUGACCCUGACCAAUGGAGAAGAUAUUAAUCAUCUUCUGGGCAGCGGGUAGAGGAGGGAGCCAGGAAGACAAGGCGGAGCUGAAGACACUCACGGAAAACCGCCUGCGACAUGUCGCCCAGAACCACCACUGCAGCUUCACCCCGAAUACAAGUAUCGCCCUAACAGUGAGUGUAAAUGCAGAGACGCUCGUGGGAGAGAACAGGGAGUGGAGAACUCGGCCGCGCUGCAGGAGUCCUCGGGUCAGCCGCACAGCAGAGGCCUCGAUGUCUGUCCCGAGCGCGUGGCUGCAGCUCCUGCUUCGUUUGCACACAGCCCGGCGCACACACGUGUCUUCAUGUAGCUGUCCUUGAGUUCAAAACACGAUUUCACAGAAAGUUACUUUCUCACAGUGGUGGGCCCAGGCCUCUGACAUACAAGGAUCCUUGUAAAAUGCAUUGAUGUGUCCAUGGUGCAGCGUUUAGGUUUUGAUUCCUUGUUUAAAUUUGUCAGAAAGGCCAUUUUGUCAGGAGUUAAGAGUUUUCCACUGGUGAGUGGAAAUGACUGGUUUGUGGUGACCAUUUUGCUCCUAGGAAUUAGCCAGACCUCAUCAUUAAAGGAGACACAUGCAAGAACCAGGGAAAAGCCGUGACCCAUCCGGGAGGGGGGCACCAGGGCCGCACUCCAUGUGCUCUGUUCCUCAGCACUAGCCACAAGGCCCACAGGGAAACCUGCAGCUGUACCGAUGGUCUGGUUGGGUUUGCCAUCUCUCUUCAUGUCAUAACGGUGAUCUGUGAUACCAGUUUGUGGUUUAUGCCAAAUAUAAAUGAUUAGUCUGUUACU